UAUGUAUAUAUAUAUAUAUAUAUGUAUAUAUAAUAAUGUAAGAACUCCUUGCAGACUGUGUUAGUCAAUAAGAUGCAAAUAAAAUUUACUAGUAUAUUCUUCUUGUGUGACCUGGUACCAAAUGAUCCAUGGCCCCAUACUGGUCUCUGGACCCAGAGGUUGGGCACUAAUGGGUCUGCUGUAUUCGAGUUGACUCUCCCUACUGAUGUUGAAGACAACAGUUUGGCCAGAAAGUACUCUGUGUCCAUACUGAAAACAUUUGUCUUACCUUUGCCAUCAACUUCGCCAGGCCGUGGUUUCCUUGUGGUAUCUGCAAGAGGAAGAAAACCAAAAGAUUUUACAGAGGAAAACGACGAAAGAGGAAAAGAAAAAAUGAUAAAGAAAGAAAGAGAGAGAAAGAGAGAAGGUAGACUAUGUUCAAAAUUCUGUGAUACCUGA